AUGAACUUGACUGACACGCCAUACAUUAGUGAAUGGUUUCAAGGUCUUCCCGGUGUCUACCUCGCUUUCAUUGGUGCUUGUUGUUGUAUAUUCGUAGGAAUCUGCGCUGCUACAGUUGUACUAGUGUGGAGAGUACAUUAUUUUGUACCAAAUGAAUAUGUACAAGCUGAUCUGUAUUUCAUCAUAUUCAUCCCAUUUAUUGUUUCUGGAAUGUGCCUUCUCGGCAACAUUAUACCUCGAGCAGCUCCAAUAACUUACGCUCUGGGAUUAGUUGUUUUGCAAAUCCUCAACGGGUUGGGAGUGGCAUCUACGCUAAUCGCUGUGUUCGUUUGUCAUGUUAUCGUGACAGCUACAAAGGAAGUGUUGAUGCCAUUCAACAUGUAUGUGAUAUUUCGAUGCGUUGACAUCACGCAAAUGCUAUACACAUUCCAAAAAUUCGUUCUGGACCUGAUAGCUAAGAACGGUGGAAUGGGUGGAUUGCCGAUGGCAUCACCGCCUAUGUUGGCGCGGUUUUGGCAUAAUGUGGCAAUGACGUUCGAGGUCGCUUUGGUAUGUGUAGUUAUGUUGCGAAGCAUACGACCGGGAAAAAGCGACUUCUUCAUGGAACCAACCGAAACCCGCGGAGUCCGACAGCCUAUGCCUCUUGCUGAUCUCUAAUCGUAAUCUCUCUCUAUGACUGGUUCUGCUAUAGGUUGUACAAUUUUUUUUGUCUAACAAGGAAUGGAUACUUGUUGAAGUGGCGUUUCCAUACGAAAUGCGUAAUGUCAUAGAGCAUGGAAUGCUGAGUUCAAAUCUACUUUCGAUAUCUGCGAAGCGCUUUUGGGAGGGGAGUUAUGGAAAUUUUUUGAUGCAAAAAUUUGAAAGUGCAGCUACAAUAAAAUUUCUCAGAACCUUAGCCCGUAAGCUCAAAUGGGGCCCUAAUUGCUACCAGCGCCAU